ACAGGAUUCCUUGCCUCCCACUCUGCCCAAUCCGAGUCAGCUGCAGGACCUUCACUCUCCUGGAGCCUUCAGUGCUGCUGUUCAGUUACCUCGCAUCAGCCCUCUGUGUCUGCUCCCUCUUCUCUUGGUCAGCGUGCAGGAGACACUGUCCCACAAGCAGCCACCAUGGAGGCCAUCAAGAAGAAGAUGCAGAUGCUCAAGUUGGACAAGGAGAAUGCCAUAGACCGUGCUGAGCAAGCUGAAGUGGACAAGAAAGGAGCGGAGGACAAAUGCAAACUGCUGGAAGAGGAGCUGCAAGGUCUCCAGAAGAAGCUGAAGGGUGUCGAAGAUGAAUUGGAUAAAUACUCGGAGUCGCUGAAGGAUGCGCAAGAGAAGCUGGAGCAGGCUGAGAAGAAAGCCACAGACGCAGAGGCUGAGGUGGCCUCCCUGAACAGACGUAUCCAGCUGGUUGAGGAAGAGUUGGACAGGGCCCAGGAGAGACUGGCCACCGCACUGCAGAAACUUGAGGAGGCAGAAAAAGCUGCAGAUGAGAGCGAGAGAGGAAUGAAGGUCAUUGAGAACAGAGCAACGAAAGAUGAGGAAAAGAUGGAGCUUCAGGAGAUGCAGCUGAAGGAGGCCAAACACAUUGCUGAGGAGGCUGAUCGCAAAUAUGAAGAGGUGGCCCGGAAGCUGGUCAUCCUUGAGGGUGAUCUUGAGCGUUCUGAGGAGCGUGCUGAGGUGGCUGAGGCCAAAUCUGGUGAUCUUGAGGAAGAGUUGAAAAAUGUCACCAACAACUUGAAGUCUUUGGAGGCCCAGGCAGAGAAGUACUCAACAAAAGAAGACAAAUAUGAAGAGGAAAUCAAAGUACUCACUGAAAAGCUGAAAGAGGCUGAGACUCGUGCUGAGUUUGCCGAGAGGUCUGUGGCUAAACUUGAGAAGACCAUCGAUGAUUUGGAAGAAAAACUAGCCCAGGCUAAAGAGGAGAACCUAGGCAUGCAACAAGUGCUGGACCAGACUCUAAUGGAGCUGAACAAUUUAUAAAGUGCAAAAUCUGCGCUACAAAAAAAACAAACAAGAGUCUUACAUGGCAUAGAGCUUUCCAGUGGAGCCCCAUGCUGCAAACCUGUGCACACACAUCCCUUAGAGGGGUAAGGUUUUAGUAGCUUUAGUCUGAUAGCCUCAGAUUCCCUCUGCCAUUUUAUAUGUCUAGAUACACUUUCUGCAGUAUAUCUCCUUAAGACACAGACCCAUUUUAUUAAGCUUUAUUAGCAGUUAUAGAAUCAGUGGUGCAUCUAUCAGAAGUGACAUCAUUUAGCUUUGGAGUAGUUCUGACACAAGACCAAAGUUACUGAACUGUCUAAUUACUAUGUCGUCUAUUAACAACAGUUUAACUUCUCCUUUUAAACAUCCACUCUGCUUUAAUCAUUCCAGUGCUUUACUUGACCAAAAUCAACAAAUUGACUAAGUGCUUUUUAUUUUUUAUUAUGGAGCUUCCACUGAUUUCCUAGCGGUUUAUGUUACAUUAAUACGGACUGAUUUCAUACAUGUGAACAAAGCACAGAAUUAUGAGUAAUAUUGACUGAAUUUACGUCAUCGCCAUGGAAAUGACCACCUGCUUACUUUAAUUAGUGCUUCUAUUCAUAAUUAAUUCACCUGUAGGCAAUUUUGACAGCUCAUGAAUCCAUGUGCAGUUUAAACUUCCUUUUUUUUAGAAAUCGCUAGAGAACUGGGUUUGGCCACGUUUGUUCAUUUGAUAAUUCUAGUAUAUUACAGAACCAGAAAUUCCUCUGAGAGUAGGUGCAUGUUUACAGAUGUGAAAUCAGUCCACUCAGAUCCACCAAAAAUGAUCGUCACAACCCAAGUAUAGAUGCCGAUUGAAAUCACAAAGGACUUUACCAUAUUUUUUUUUCUCUGAAUUUGGAUAAGUUCAUUGAGUUUGUAAUGUAAAGAGUGUUUCCUGUUUCAUGGGGAUUCCCCUUCAAAUUCUUACCAUGACAUGUAUAAACUGGUGCACAUGCCACUGUGGUGCACCUUUUUCUUUUUUUUUUUUUUAAGUUUUGGAUUAAAUGGCAGGAAUGUGAUUAAUGUCUGGAUCAGUUAUAGCCCAUUUUUAAAGCUUCACUUAACUAUGCAAUCGCGUAAGCUCUUUGUUGAAGACAAUUAAAAUGUUGAAUACAAA